AUGCCGGAAGACGUUCUCUGUCGAAGAGCUGCUUCGCCUUCGGCCCCUCUAGACGCAUCGCCGCUUCUUGCUGCCUUACCUCGCGUCUGCCCUGGUCAGCUUUGGUGUCUGUGUCUGCUCCUUGCCUCUCCUUCUUGGCGUCGGCCUCCUGGCGUCUGCUUCGAGAUGGCGACCACGACGACGGCCGACAGACCCAGGCGCCAGGGCAGAGAGGACCACCGGAGGCUGGUCACCUGUCAGUCGCCUUCCUCUCCUCCUGAGUCGCCUGCGACGUUUUCCGAGGCUUCCCGUUCCGCCGCUUCUUCCGCCUCUGCUCCUUACCCCUCUCCUCACCAGUCCGCCCCCCUUCACUUCUCUCCCGCUGUCGACGGCGCCGCCGAAAGAGUCUGCCGAAGCCGCGUUCUUCUCCCGACCAUGGUUGUGUUCCUCCUGGUGUACGUACACCUCAGUCAUGAGCCUGUCGCAAACAACCACCGGGGCAGGGGAGGGAUCGGAGAGGACGCAUCCGUUUUCUGCGGCUGUCGGGGCAGCAGGUCGAAUGCCUUUGGCAAAACAGCCGAGUGUCGAGUAAGGAAUUUGACUUCGCCGAGAACGAGGCGUCAGACCGACGCAGCCAGUGCCGAGCUGCUCCUGCCGGCUUUCCUCCAUGCAGCUGCCAGUCCGCGCAGUUCGUUUGUCGGCAAAGAAAGUUUUUUUCCUUUCUCUUACUCCAACUCAAAGCAGAUGUCCGUGAUGCCGUCGUCGUGGCAAGCCUACAAGAGAGACAGGCAGGUGACGAGGCGUCCUCGCCUCGCGACGCUCAUGGUAUCUUCUCCUUUUCUUCCUGCUCCGCCCACUAUUUCUUCCCCAGCGCCGCGUCGAGGAGCUCGGUGUCAAGACACCACAGCAUGCCCGACUCUCCACUCUCGAGGUGCAACCUCCGCCGUCCAAGGUUCACGCCCAAUUAGAGACAGGUCUCUCCUUCCACCCCACACAUUCUCUUCUUCGUUCCUUCUGUGUUCGCCGGCGUCCUCUGAUUGCUCUUCCUCUGCUUCUCGAAGCCGUCCUUCCUCCCAGUUCCCAGACUGUUCUGCUUCCUUCCCGAAUUCCUCCUUUCGUUCAACCGUCUCCUCCCAAAGUACACGCACAGAAGCAGCGAAGCAGCCACUGCUGCGAGUCAUUCUGAAGACAGCCACCGGGUGUCCAGAGCUGGAUUUUUCUCUCCACUUUGAUCUCCCUUUCGACGCGACAGUCAGCGACCUCCGUCGAGCUCUGCAGGUCCGCUUGCAGCAAGAAGAGGAACGCCUGCUCGCGGCUCUAACUCCUGACCCUGGACAGGUCCACGGUUCCAGGAGCUCUGCAGAGAGCAACGGCGCAAACCUCGAGUUGUCAGGCAGUGAGCAGAAGCCGGACGAGACGAGCCACUGUCUCCAUGCUUCGCCUUCACGCGUGUCUUCUUCCUCGGCUUCUCUUCCCCUUCCAGGUGAUUCCUCAGCUUCUUCCGGGCCGCCUCUGAGUCUGCUACGUCUGCUACACGGAGGCGCCAGCGUGGACGACGCGAGCAGGCGCCUUUCCUCUUUGCUCCCAGCGAAGAGCGGCGAAGCUGGCAAGCUUCCAGAAGGGCAAGAGAACGCUUUCGAAGCGCCGCAGCCACUCGUCUUUCUCCUCGAUCUUCCAAUCCCGCCCUUGGUGCUGUCCAGAGACGCGAAUUUGUCACCAGCGAACGCAUCACCUUCUGAAGCCGCUUCUGAAGAGUCCUCUGCCUCGCGUUUCUGCGCCCCGCUCUCGACGCGCGUCGACGACAUCGCUGCUGCCCAAACGGGCGCGCUUCAAGAGAUCAUCGAUGUGCUUCUUCGCUUGCAGGAGGCGCGUCUCUCUCUGACGAAGAAGGCUCGUGAAUCGGUUUGUGGUCGGUCCCCAGGCUCCUCGCCUGACUCUCCUCUCUUUGACGCUGUGUGGGGAAACACCGGGCUUCCUCUGCAGAGCAGCGAGAAUGUCCUGAGGCGCGUCGAGGCUCUUAAACGCGCCGCGGCUUCCCGCCGGACGUCCCUCGGCGACUCUCGGUGUCCGUCUUCUCAUUCUCACUCCUCUUCGCUAGAGCCUCCCAGCGUUCCUUCCACUUCUCCUCUCUCCACUCUGCCCUGCCCUUCUUCUUCUCCUCCUCCUGCGUCUUCUGCGUCUCUCUCGUCUUCUCCUUCUCCGUGCGUUGCUUCUUCCUCUGGGUCUUCUUCCGGGAACUUGGUGGAGUUCCCUCGCUUGGCGCCGACACUCGGCGACCGGCUGAGACAAGUCGCACGGGUCACCUUCGACGUGGACUGGCCGUGGAUCGCUCGCGUCGGGUGUAUCUCCUUCGUCCUCCAGGCUCUGCUGGGCUGCUUCGCUUCUUCGCGGGUCCCUGUGACGCCUGCGAGCGGCCGCGAGGCAGGUGGCGGAGACGGCGACAGUCGCAGAGGCUCGGCCGCUUCGGCGCAGAGCGGCGGGAUGACGGAGGCCGGCGAUGGCGAGGCUGAGUCGCGCGCCAGGCGGGGGGGCUGGGCUGCAGUGUGGCUGCGGUCUCUGCAGGAAAACGUUUCAGAAAAAGAUUCCACGUUCUGGCGCAGACGCAUGCUCCUUGCUGCAGCACCUGCGCUCGUCCUCUCUGGGUGGCGGCCUGUGCGUUUUCUGCGGAAACUCGUCUCGCAUUCGCUGCCCAGAGGCCAGUGGUGGACAGCGCUCAGUCCGCUCCUCACAUCCUCCCAGACUGCGACGCUGACCAUCAACGAAGAAGCAGUUCUUCAAGUGCUGGCAGACGAACGAGCACAUCCUGACUAGAGAAGUUGCAGAUGCGGCUGCCGGGAUCGUGACGGAGAUGUCGGGACCCGGCAGCGGAAAGAGACCGUCACCGAUUCCGGUCUGGUGAAUUCAAACAGAACGGCCGCGACUCUGCACCAAGACCGAAGGCGGAUUCGGUUCUUCGUCGCGUGACACGAUUUUUUUCGUCCAAAUGAAAGCGAACCCUGUGAAACUUGAAAGAAAGGAGACCGUCCACGUUCUGCCUUUCCGUGUGUAGGGAUCUCUACGAUGGGGUUUCGAGUGCUGUAUUUCGAUGUGUGUUCCUCCUGUCUUUGACACCUCUGUGCACACCAUUCAGAAAGAACCGGAGAGAAGACCGCUUUACGGAGACUUCGGUCACUUCCUGUGAAGGGAAUCGUCGCAGAGACGAAACAGUUCUUGGGAGCGUCUUCCCUACUGUU